UUCCGCAUUUGAACUCGGAAAACGCAUGUGGCUAGAUGCUGCCUUCAAAUGUUUCCCAUCUCGGAAAACAAAAACAAAAAAAAUGAAUCAGUUAAAAAUACCAUUUGAGAGAGCGUUCAAAUGCACUUCGGUACAGUAUUUACCAUAAUUACGGCACCACACGAAGACGUCAACUCAUGCUGCCUUCAAAUGCCAGAGUCCAAAAACUACUGCAGAAAAUGAGGCGGACGGGCUGACGUCAAUUUUCUGCGACAGUGCGGAAGUAGCGCGCUCCUCCACAGCCAAAAUGGAGCCGAAGCGCGGCGAACCGAGUGAAGAAAGUGAUGUUGGCUGAGACAACGAACGAAACGACGUUGACGGGACAAACAAGCGAGAGCGACAAGUCCGUUAACAGGCAGGCGGUCAUGGCGCAACGACGGGACGCCUGCACGUGGAGGAGGCACAUCUGCGAGCAGCUCAAGCUCCGAGAUCGCCUGCAGCGCCAAGGCUUCGAAGAGAUCGUCCAUCAGUACAAUCGUCUGCUGGAGAAGUCGGACCUACGGGCCGUCCUGUCGGAGCGCUACCAGGGGGACAAGUACGACGGCGCGCGAGGACACGAAGCCACGGCGGCGACGGACGGCGGGCCCGCGACGGCGUCGCAGCAGGAGAUGGCCGACCUGAGGAUCCGCCACCAGGAGGAGCUCACCGAGCUACAUAAGAAACGAGGAGAGCUGGCCCAUACGGUGAUCGAGCUCAACGACCUGAUCCGGCAGAAGGACAAAGAGAUCCAGAACAACGAGGCCGAGAUGUCAGAGUACCGGCGGCAGACGGCCGGCCUGGAGGCGGACUGUCGCGAUCUCCGCAACCGCUUGCAGGACCUGGAACGGGCCAACCAGACGCUGAAGGACGAGUACGACGCCCUGCAGAUCACCUUCGGCGCCUUGGAGGAGAAACUGCGCAAGACCACGGAGGACAACCAGGAGCUGGUCUCGCGCUGGAUGGCCGAGAAGGCUCAGGAAGCCAACCGCCUCAACGCCGAGAACGAGAAGGACAGCAGACGCCGACAGGCCAAGCUGCAGAAGGAGCUGGCCGAUGCCGCUAAAGAACCGCUUCCCGUCGUCGACCCGGACGACGACAUCCAAGUUCUGGCCGAGGAGUCCGGGAAGGCCGGCGGAGAGUCUCCGCGGAACACGCCGCUCGGCAGAACUCCCAGUAAGAAAAUAUCCCAUGCGCCGCCCGGCAGUCUGUUAGACUCCAUCUCUAACAUCUUCGGGCGGCGAGGCGCCAACUCUCCAGGAACGUCUCCGGAAAAUAACGAGGCGCCGGCGGUUGUCCGCGCGGACGUCCGGGUCCCGUCUGCCGCGCUGCACGUAUUUGAGGCGCACGACGGCGAGGUCAACGCGGUGCGCUUCGGGCCCGGCUCGCGUCUCUUGGCCACGGGAGGCACGGACCGCCGGGUCAAGCUGUGGGAGGUCAUCUCGGGUCGCUGCGAGCCCAAAGGAGCCUUGACGGGCAGCAACGCCGGCAUCACCAGCAUCGAAUUCGACAGCGCCGGUUCCUACCUGUUGGCCGCCUCCAACGACUUCGCCAGUCGAAUCUGGACUUUGGAAGACUACAGACUGAGGCACACGCUGACGGGACACAGCGGCAAGGUUCUGUCGGCCCGCUUCCUGCUGGACAACGCUCGCAUCGUGUCGGGGAGCUACGACCGCACCCUUAAACUGUGGGACCUCCGCAGCAAAGUCUGCAUGAAGACGGUGUUCACGGGCUCCAGCUGCAACGACAUCGUGUGCACCGAGCAGUGCGUCAUGAGCGGCCACUUUGACAAGAAGGUCCGAUUCUGGGACAUCAGGGCGGAGAGCGGCGUGCUGGAGCUGGAGCUUCAGGGUCGGGUGACCUGUUUGGACCUGAACCACGAGCGCACCGAGCUCCUGGCCUGCUCCAGAGACGACCUGCUCAAGAUCGUGGACCUUCGCGCCAACGCCGUCCGACAGACCCUCAGCGCCGAGGGCUUCAAGUGCGGCGCCGACUGGACACGAGUCACCUUCAGUCCUGACGGAAAUUAUGUGGCCGGCGGCUCGGCGGACGGAGCGUUGUACAUUUGGAGUGUUCUGACAGGGAAGGUGGACAGAACGCUGGAGCGCAAUCACAACUCUGCCAUCAACGCAGUGUCUUGGUCACCGUCGGGCGUGUACGUCGGCAGCGUAGAGAAGGGCGGCAAGGCCAUCCUCUGGUCCGACGUCUGACUCCGCCCGUCCCGUCCCGCUUUUUCCCUUUUUUUUUUUUUAACCUCGUGUACAUAUGAUGAACCCUUUGGCCGUUUUGUUCACAAAAUGUUCAAUAAAGACGUCCCGACUC